GGACGAGGUUCACCGCGUUCCCUCUGCCGAGCGCGGGCCCGCGGACGCGGCGCCCUCGGUUCCCGGCCCGGGAGAGUGUCCGGGCCGCCCACUGUGCGGCCCCGGAGCGGCGGCGGCGGGCAAGAUGAAGAACGAAAUUGCUGCUGUUGUCUUCUUUUUCACAAGGCUAGUUCGAAAACAUGAUAAGUUGAAAAAAGAGGCAGUUGAGAGAUUUGCUGAGAAAUUGACUCUAAUACUUCAAGAAAAGUAUAAAAAUCAUUGGUAUCCUGAAAAACCAUCAAAAGGACAGGCCUACAGAUGCAUUCGUGUCAAUAAGUUUCAGAGAGUUGAUCCUGACGUCCUGAAAGCCUGCGAGAACAGCUGCAUCUUGUACAGUGACCUGGGCUUGCCAAAGGAGCUCACUCUCUGGGUGGACCCAUGUGAGGUGUGCUGUCGGUAUGGAGAGAAAAACAAUGCCUUCAUUGUUGCCAGCUUUGAACACGAGGAUGAGAACAAGGAUGAGAUCUCCAAGAAAGUUACCAGGGCCCUUGAUAAGGUUACCUCUGAUUAUCAUUCAGGAUCCUCUUCUUCAGAUGAAGAAACCAGUAAGGAUGUGAAACCCACUUUGGUGACUGCAACCCCCAGCCCUGUGUACCAGAUUUCAGAACUAAUAUUCCCACCUCUUCCAAUGUGGCAUCCUUUGCCCAGAAAAAAACCAGGAAUGUACCGAGGGAAUGGCCAUCAGAGUCACUACCCACCUCCUGUUCCAUUUGGUUAUCCAAAUCAGGGAAGGAAGAAUAAACCGUAUCGCCCAAUUCCAGUGACAUGGGUACCUCCUGGAAUGCAUUGUGACCGGAAUCACUGGAUUAAUCCUCACAUGUUAACACCUCACUAGCUCCUUUUGAUUCUGUUACUGUCAUGUUGAAAGAAAGGUAGAAUAAGCCUGGCUAUAUAUUAAAAGUUCAAAGUUCAUACUCAUAGUAGUAAUGUUAGAUGGACCAACCAUCAAACUUAUUUUUAUAGAGAAGUUACUGAGAAGAAUCUUUCUUAAAAAAAUAUAUAUGCACUUUAGAUAUAUUGAUAUAGUUUGAGAAACUUUAUUAAAGUUAGUCAAGUGCCUGAGUUUUUAAUAUUGACCUUGAGUAUUUAUAUAUUGUGCAUCAACUUUGUUGGAUACGAGAACACUGUAGAAGUGGACAAUCUGUUUUAGCACCUUUGAUCAUUUACUUUACGGAGAGUAUGUAAGUUAUUUAUACACGAGGAUAUCUAUUUUAUGUCAUUGUUUAGAAGAAUUGUGUGAAAUCAUGUAGUUGCAAAUAAAAAAUAGUUUGAGGCAUGACAAUGUGUGUUUCUCUUCUGUGCAUAAAAAAGAAGGGAGAAAGCAAAGGAUUUGUUCCACUUCAAUGUGUUUAAUUAAAUACUUAAAAAAUAAACAGUAUAAGAAUUUCAGUUUUUCCUUUAAAAAAAUCAGCUUUUUAUUAACUAUCUUUUCCCACAAGUCAAGGGUCAAAAUAUACAUAUAAAAAG